AUGGUCAAGUUCUACUCGUCCCAGGAGACCUACGCCUACUCCUUCCCAGCCGUCACCCUCGCCUACUUCCUGCGCUACCCGAAUCCCUACGCAACCCACGUCCUCUCCACCGACACCAUCGCCCGCUCCUACGACCCAGCCACCCAGCGCCUCACCACCAUCCGCUUGCACCUCAAGCGCUCCAAGCUGCCCGCCGCCGUCCUCCGUCUUCUGCCCAAGUCGCUGCUUGGCGCUUCAGCCACCGGAGACACGCAGACCUACAUCCUCGAAAAGAGUGUCGUAGAUGUCAAGGAGGGAUGGAUGGACACCGAGUCCCGCAAUCUCGAGUGGACGGGCGUGCUGUCUGUCGUCGAGCGCCAAUACUUCAAACGCCCAGAGGUCCCCGACGAGGCCAAGGUGUUCAAGGGCAUGGAGGGCGCCGCCCGCAGGCACGGAUUCCUGUCCUUCAACAAGGAAGGCAAGGGCGUCAAGGUGCAAGACAAUGGCGAGACCACUGAAGUCGUUUCCUCGGUCACCCUUCACUCUCACAUCGGCGAGACCUGGAAGCGGAAGCGCGAGGCCGCCAACGAGGCUGCCUCCACCACCUCGGACGAAGAGCCGCCGAAGAUGGGCUUCUUGAGGAGCUGGGGCACCGCAGCGCUGCAGCGCAACAUUGAGAAGAUUGGCCUGACCCGUGCGCAGCGCAGCCAGCCCAACGCAAGAGAGGGCAUGAAGGUUGUGCUAGAGCGCAUGCGCGAGGGCGGUCUCGUUGGCGUGCUCGAGGGCAUGCGUCAAGACCGCGAAGCCAUCCUUGCCGGACGCUCAUUGUUGGCUCCUCUCGCCAAGCCGCCGAGUGAUGACGAGUGA